AUGUACAACGAGCAGGUGAACUCUGGAAAGUCUAUAAAAGAAAAGGAACGUUAUUUGGAUGCCCUAUUGAAAAUACUUAAGGAUAAUCCAGUUACCUUAAAGGAAAUUGGCUGGGAUCUGCCAAAGGGUUUAUUGCAGUUUUUCUCACGCAAAAACAUCAAUGUCAAUAUACAUCUAGUUUUUAGUCCCCUUGUUUCUAGUGUGAUGGAAUGCUUCAAUGAGCUAGCCAUCAAUGGAAAUCCGAAAGAAUGCUUGUUGACCGCUUGCGAAUUGGUGUCAACACUCCAUAUAGUCUUAACUGAAACUGGCGACUCCGAUGAAGAGAAUGAAGAUUUAAAUGACUCCAAUAGAAAUGAUGCGUCAAACAUUACUGAUGAGCUGUCAGUUAUCACUCCGGAGAUUGGGCACUAUAUGGCCAAAAAUACAGUAGAAUUCAUUCCAAAUUUGAAAAUUUACGUUCUCUUUGAAUUUAUGAGUUUAUUGUUGAAACGUGUGGACACUUUAUAUCCAUCUAAAUUUCUAGCCAUGGUAACUUCUGCAAUUAUUAAGUAUGUAACAACCAACGUUCAGGCUAUGGAUGAUCCACACUUUAUUUUGCGCAUAGUGUACAAUUUUUGUACUAAUUACUCUCCAGCUCAACCAUCUGCUAGUCUGACCGAUGGUAUUAGUACAAACGAUCUUGAAAAAAUUCAUGAUGAUGAAUCUGCCUUACAGAAAAAACUACUGGCUAAUCUGAGCGUAUUCGUGAUUAGCAACUGCCUAAAAAAUCAUCCAGGUAAUAUUGACAAGAUAUAUUUCAAAACAUUGAUGCAUAAAAAAACAGAUGAAAAUGAAAUCGAUGCUUCAGUUUUACAGAUAUGCCACCAAUACUACGAGUAUGUCACAUCAUUGGAUGUCCACAUGAAAGAACUUUUAGAAAAGUGCCUGGUAGAAUCAAGAAGCAUCUAUAACUCUCUUCUCAUGAACCCGGCCGCUUCCACGCCCGAAUUCAAAGAAGAAAUUAACCAACUAGUAUAUGAGGUAUCUUACGCAUAUCAAAUCAAGAAACUAGCUGACGAAAAGAACUUAGAGCUGGACCAAUAUGGAGUUGUGAUUCUAUCUGCAAUACAUUAUUCUAAAAAUGGUACUCACUUAUUGCCGCAAAUUGAUAUCCAAAGCGCAAUUUACCUCUAUCUACGGUGUACGACAGCUUCUUUAUUUUCAGAAAUAUACGAAAAUAAGUUUUUGGAAAGUUCAGUACGCUACUGGCUAUGGGUAUCCACAACCGAGACUUCCACAGAGAAAAUAAAGUGUGCCUUACAAGAACUUCCAGGGCACAUUACCACGGCCUUUUUGCAGAUGUUACUGAUGAAAACUUGCAAUGAAUCUAAUAACGACACUAAGUUGACCGAAAUUACUCUUCUGAGGAGGUUACUCUAUCUCAUGCCCGAAAGCACAUCUUUUACGUUCAUCUUUGAAACUCUACUACAUUGUCCAUAUAUAACUGCAAAGAUUGCUGUUCUUGACAUUCUAAGAGAUAUGAUGAUUAGAUCUCCUGAGGCUGCUAAUCGUGACGAAACUGUCGGUUUAAUCGAACAACAGAAUCCUGGGAAUACCGCUAAUAGUGUACCGAUAAUGCCAACUCUACCUCCAAGACCUUACAUCACUAUUAAUGAAGAUCGCAUGGCUUCCAUUCAUAGCAUUGCUUUAAUAUGUUUUUCUGCCGCCAAGCAAAAGAAAAGAACGCAAGGUGAUUUACUCUUGGUACUAACAUAUAUGAAAUUUUUUGUUAGUUUAAGGAACAAAUGGGAUUUGGGUCUGUUAACACUCAUCAAUAAAGAAAUCUCCGAAUCAUUUCAAGGAGAAGGUGAGCCUGAAUUAGCAUUCAUCAACAUUUCCAAUAAUACUCUGGGAGAAUAUAUAGAAGAGAUGAACAUACGCUCGUAA